AUGACCGACUCUACCACCGCAUCGGCGCCCAAGCCGAGCAGCAGCGUCAAGCUCGUGCUGCUCGGUGAGGCGGCCGUGGGAAAGUCCUCCCUUGUCCUCCGUUUCGUUAACAACGACUUCCAACCCAACAAAGAACCCACCAUCGGCGCCGCAUUUCUCACACAGAAGUGCCAACUCCCCAGCCGGACGAUCAAGUUCGAGAUAUGGGAUACUGCGGGGCAGGAGCGGUUUGCGAGUCUGGCGCCGAUGUACUACCGCAACGCACAGUCUGCGCUGGUGGUCUACGAUAUCACGAAGCCGAGUAGCUUGGUGAAGGCGAAGCACUGGGUCGCGGAGCUGCAGCGACAGGCCUCGCCGGGUAUCGUGAUUGCGCUGGUGGGCAACAAGCUGGAUCUCUGCGAUGAUGACAGUCCCGAGGACGACGCGCAGGAUGGGGAGAACGUGGAUGGGCACGAGGAGGAAGCGGUGAGGAAGGUCAGCACGGCGGAGGCGAAGGCGUAUGCGGAUGAGGAGAGUCUGCUCUUUUAUGAGACGAGCGCGAAGACGGGGCAUAAUGUGAGCGAGGUGUUUACGGCGAUAGCGAAUGCGAUCCCUGAGACGAGUUUGAAGGGACCGAGGGGUGGUGCUGGUGGUGGGACGCAGGCUGCUAUUAGUGGUGGUGGGGGACAGGAUAGCAGCCGGGUGAAUUUGAACGCGAGGGGUGAUGCUGGGGCGAAGGAGGGCUGCGCGUGCUAG